AUGACUGCAGAAGUGUCGUGCGUCGGCUGCGGCCGCGCUGGAGCACGGCAGACCCGCCCCCCCACCUUCGUACCCGCCCCACAGCGCCGGCCCUCGCCCACCUACACCUCGGACGACACCGCGCCCCCGGGCCCGCCCCUCGCCCCGCCACUCCUCGCCCGCGACGCGUCCCCGCACACGCGCCCGCCGCCAGCGCUUCACUCGCUGCCCGCCACGCGCCUGCGCGCCGCCCUCUCCCCGCGCCCUCGCCCUCGCCCGCUCCCGCGCUCGCUCUCCUGCGGGCCCGGCCCCCGGCCUCCUGGCACUGCGCGCCGGCGCCCCCGCACGCCGACGCGCAGCCCUGCGCCGCUCUCUCCUUCUGUACAACGGUACUAUAAGCGACGAUUAACCCGCGAUGCGAUGCCUUGUUUCGUCAGCGAACCGCGCGUGCAUGGGCUCCCCGCCCCGCGGCCGGGACCGUUCGCGGACUACGCCACCGAGCAGGCGCUGUCCUCGUGCCCGUCCGGCCUCCCGGCCUGCCCGCCGCCCGCGCUUGCUGACUCCCUCCAUGCACAGGCGCGCCUGCCGGGGCCGCAGCAGGCGUUCCAAAGCCCGAACCCGCCGAUGGGGUUGGCGCCGCGCUUCGCCCCUGGCGCAUCGCAGUUCCCGCCGAGCGGAGGGGGCAAUGUGGCGGCGCAGUCGCCCUACUGCAGCAGCCCGCGGCCCACGGCUGGUGCACAGGGAUAUCCAGGCGACCCAGAAGAUAUGUUAAUAUAUUUGGAUAGAAAAAGGGCCCGCCGCGCCGUGUGCCCUCCCCUUGCCAGGGGGCUGAGCUGUGUGUGUGUGCGCGGGCGCAGCGGCCGCGCGCGCGGCGCGCGGGCCGGGGCCCGCAGCAAGCGUCGACGCCGCGUGCGAGCGGGGCGGCGCCUGCAGCGGCGCCUGCUGAAGGCGGCGCGCGACGGCCGCCUGCAGAGGUGCGCCCUGCUCAGCGCCGGCGCCCGCCCGACGGCCCCGCGCCGGCCACUGGACAGCCCUGCACAGGUCCAGCGUCGCCUUUAUCCUCCUCCUCUUCCUCCUCUUCCUCCUCCUCCUCCUCCUCUUCUUCUUCUUCUUCUUCUCUGCCCGUGUUAUUUGUAUAUUGAGGCUACAUUAAUUAUCACAAAAGAAAUAUUUAUCAGCGUGUGA